GCGCCAUAAGCCACAACCUAACCGUCGCGAGCUACGUGCUCUGUAUCUUACCAAGAGCUUCAAAUAUCAAUAUUUCUCCAAUCUUGAAUCCUAACGAAAAAAGGAAACUUCUACCCUAAACCAAAGUCGCGUAUCUAUAAAAAAGGAAACUUUUCUUCACAAAUUCACAACUAUCUCACAAACCCUUACAAGACCAUUCUCUCUUUAGUCUCUGUGGCUUCUUCUCAAUGGAGUGGGUUCGUGGAGAAACAAUCGGAUACGGCACGUUUUCCACCGUCAGUCUAGCCACGCCGUCUAACACCAAAGACUCCGGCGAGUUCCCGUCGCUCAUGGCAGUCAAAUCUUCCAACUCUCACGGCGGAAUCGCGAACGAGAAGUCGGUGUUGGAUUCACUCGGCGACUGCCCUGAGAUCGUACGAUGUUUCGGCGAAGAUCAAACGGUGGAGAAAGGCGAGAAGCUUCACAACUUGCUCCUCGAGUACGCUUCGAGAGGAAGCUUAGCGACUCGACUGAAGAAACUGAACGGCGAGGGUCUACCGGAGACCACCGUGCGCCGAUACACAGGAUCAGUGCUCAGAGGGUUACGUCACGUCCACUCGAGAGGGUUCGCUCACUGCGAUGUAAAACUCGGGAAUAUUCUGUUAUUCGGAGACGGCGCCGUUAAGAUCGCGGACUUCGGUCUGGCGAGAGAUUUAACGGCGUCAAAAGAAGGCGCGGAGAUACGAGGGACGCCGUUAUACAUGGCGCCCGAAUCCGUUAACGAUAGCGAGUACGGAGCGGCUGCUGACGUGUGGGCGUUGGGAUGCGCCGUUGUUGAGAUGUUCAGCGGCGAAACGGCGUGGAGUGUUGGGGAAGGGUCGCACUUCAUGUCGUUUUUGUUGCGGAUCGGUGUCGGCGAGGAGUUGCCGAAGGUUCCAGAGGAGUUGUCGGAAGAAGGAAAAGACUUCCUGUCGAAGUGUUUCGUUAGAGAUCCCGAGAAAAGAUGGACGGCUGAGAUGCUUUUGAAUCAUCCGUUCGUGGCCGUUGAUUGUGAAGACGAUUAUGAUGAUGGUCAACGAGACGAAGUCUCUUUGAAGGUGGAGGAAGAAGUAUCGACGUCGCCGAGAUGCCCGUUCGGAUUUCCUGACUGGGAAUCUAUGUCGUCCGAGUCUGAGAUGCAAUAUCAGCCGUUGGAUUCUCCGGUGGAGAGGUUUGAUAGGCUGGUUUGUGAAACGGUACCUGAUUGGUCCGUCGCCGAAGACUGGGUCACCGUACGGUGACGAAAGUGAGAAGAAAACAGGGGAGAAACAGAGUUGUUAUCUGUUGAUCAAAAAAAAAACAAGAGUUGUUAUCAAAGGCUAGGUUAUUUUUUUUAUAAACCUAGUUAGAUCCAAAUUGAAUGACUUUUAUUCAUAUUUUAUAUACAUGUAAUGUGUUCGUUGAUAUGAACAAUUCAUUGUAGUCUUA